AUUGGAGAUAUCUAUAAGAUCCGUAUUGUCUGUGAUCACUUACCCACUGCACCAGGGUGGCAUUUGGAAAACAUAAAUAUGGUAGAACAAGAAACCAGACAAGAAGUGCAGUUGGCGUGUAACUGUUGGAUCUUUGCGGAUUCUGAAGAGGAGGAAGCAAUAAAAGAAUUCCAGGUGUCCGGUAAUCCACAAGAACCUAUACCUGUUUCAGGAAGACUUUGGAAUAUACAGAUAACAACAGCAAAUGAUUCCUUACUGAGCUAUGAGAUGAACAUUAAUGUCAUUAUUUACGGAUCAGAUGGAAAGACAAAUGACUUUUUUCUUCAGAAAAAGUCUGAGAUACAAUAUUUCUAUCCUGGCUCUAGAGAUGAGUUUUUGGUAACACUCAAAGAUGUGGGAGAGAUCUAUAAGAUCUGUAUUGUCUGUGAUCACUUACCCACUGCACCAGGGUGGCAUUUGGAAAGCAUAAAUAUGGUGGAACAAGAAACCAGACAAGAAGUGCAGUUUGAGUGUAACUGUUGGAUCUUUGCGGAUUCUGAAGAGGAGGAAGCAAUAAAAGAAUUCCAGGUGUCCGGUAAUCCACAAGAACCUAUACCUGUUUCAGGAAGACUUUGGAAUAUACAGAUAACAACAGCAAAUGAUUCCUUACUGAGCUAUGAGAUGAACAUUAAUGUCAUUAUUUACGGAUCAGAUGGAAAGACAAAUGACUUUUUUCUUCCGAAAAAGUCUGAGAUACAAUAUUUCUAUCCUGGCUCUAGAGAUGAGUUUUUUGUAACACUCAAAGAUGUUGGAGAGAUCUAUAAGAUCCGUAUUGUGUGUGAUCACUUACCCACUGCACCAGGGUGGCAUUUGGAAAGCAUAAAUAUGGUGGAACAAGAAACCAGACAAGAAGUGCAGUUUGAGUGUAACUGUUGGAUCUUUGCGGAUUCUGAAGAGGAGGAAGCAAUAAAAGAAUUCCAGGUGUCCGGUAAUCCACAAGAACCUAUACCUGGAAAACGUUGGAAUAUACAGAUAACAACAGCAAAUGAUUCCUUACUGAGCUAUGAGAUGAACAUUAAUGUCAUUAUUUACGGAUCAGAUGGAAAGACAAAUGACUUUUUUCUUCCAAAAAAGUCUGAGAUACAAUAUUUCUAUCCUGGCUCUAGAGAUGAGUUUUUGGUACCUAUAAAAGAUGUUGGAGAGAUCUACAAGAUCCGCAUUGUUUGUGAUCACUUACCCACUCUACCAGGAUGGCAUUUGGAAAGCAUAAAUAUGGUAGAACAAGAAACCAGACAGGAAGUGCAGUUUGAGAGUAACCGCUGGAUCUUUGCGGAUGAUGUAGAGGAUGAAGCAAUAAAAGAAUUUCGGGUGUUUAAUGAUCAACAAGAACUUAUACCUGUUAAUCAGUAUAUUGUGUCUGUGCACACUGGUGAUCAUUGGGGAGCAGAGACAUUGGCUAAUGUAUAUAUAACUCUCUAUGGAGAAAGAGGAGACACAGGUGCAAGAAAACUGCACAAAUCAUCCAUCCCCGGAGACAAAUUUACAAGAGAUAAGGUUGACAGUUUUGAAUUAGAAGCUGUAUCCCUGGGUGAGCUGAGGAAAGUUGUGCUUGGACAUGACAGAGAAGGGUAUGGAGCAGGAAUGUAUCUGAAGAUGGUCACCAUUAAAGAAUUUGAAGACUCGCCUACUGAAUGGGUUUUUCCAUUGUGGAAUUGGCUGGAUAGCUAUCUGGGUUUGUGUCAAACAGUCUGCAAAUUGUUCACAACAGGCAAGAGAUUAUCAAAAAGUCCGGUACCUAUUGCUGAUUAUGGUGGAUCAUGGAUAAUUGAUAUUUCUGGGUCCGGAUUUGAGAAUGCGGAGAAUCUGAAUAGUUUUUCUCUGUCAUUUUAUGGUAAUGGCGGAAAGGCUUACGUGGAAGUAACAAUUGACGGGGACACUUUGCAGAUCAAGGAUGAACUACAAGUGGGCACCAUCUAUAAGGUUCAGGUUUCCUGGUCGCAUGCACAGGUGUUCACAUCAUGGUAUUUAUCCUCCAUACAUAUGAAACACACAGUGACGAAUCAGGAGAUGUGGUUCAAUUUUCAGCUCUGGAUAAGGCCUAAUGAGGAUAAAUGUGUGGAAAUCCCUGCAAUGUAUCCAUAUGAGGAUCCAUUUCCAGUGGUGGAAUACACCAUUUCUGUGCACACUGGAGAUCAAAUGGCUGGACGGUGCACCGGACGAAUGUACAUCUGCAUUGCUGGAGAACAUGGAGACACAGGAAAAAGAGUCCUAAAUGCACCUGAUUCUGAUGUCAUUUCUUUUACCAAAGGACAGGUGGAUGUUUUUACAAUUAAAUCUGUAUAUCUUGGUCAACUGCAGAAGAUUGUUUUAGGUUUCAACAAUCUGGAAUCAGAUUCAUGGCUUCUUGAGAAAAUCAUUGUCAAAGAAGACUACACUUGUUCCAGUAACACAUUUCUUUACAAUGACUGGUUGACAAGGCUUUCUGGGCAAGAGUUUACUAAAUCAGAAAUUCUGCUGACAGAUUCCGCUGUGGAACUAAAUAAGAUAAAUUCUUUCAAUACACCAACAAAAGGGAAAUGGCAACUGCGGGUGCUUGGCACACCCACCUUAGAGGAGAACAUGGCUCUAUCUGUUGUUUUGUUUGGUACAAAUGGUAAAACUUCACCUCAGAACGUGACCAACCUUAACUGGGACCCUAUUCUGCUGAGUGUUGGAAACAUGGAGAACAUAAUAAAGGCUUCAUUCCUGUCCAUGGGUCUAAGCUCUGAGAGAGGACUCCAUUUACAGAAGAUUCGUAUGAGAGAUGUGAAUACCAACCAAGAAAUAAGUUUUUAUCCAGAUAAGGUGUACCUACCUUGUGAAGAUGGCUUUGAAAAUGUGGUUGAAGUAGCAGUAGUCCUUCCCAACCAACCACCAUUGGAAGAAGUGACAUAUUCAGUUUAUGUAAAGACUGGAGACUUCCCCGCAUCUAGUACAGAUGCAGACGUUUUUAUCACACUAUAUGGAGAAAAUGGAGAUUCAUGCAAAAGAAGACUAAUGCAUAUGCUAUUACCUGGAGUAUUUUGCAAGGGAAAGAUAAGUGUCUUCAAAAUAAAGGCUGUGGAGCUUGGAAUGCUGUCUAGAGUACAUAUCGAACAUAAUGCUGUUGGUUAUGGAGCUGGAUGGUAUCUAGAUCAAAUCACCAUACAGAAGUCAGAUAAGGCGGAUAUUAAAUACCUGUUUCCAUGCCAACGCUGGUUAGAUACUGCAAUAAAUGACAAACAAACUGGCUGUGAGUUAAAGCUCCUUGGGAAAUUCAACAGAACUAAUGAAAAACUACUUACAUCCUCGGAAGGGACAAUGAAUAUUAUCAUGGUGACAGAUGAUAUUCCAAAUCCUGGAACCAAUUCUACUGUGUUUUUAACAAUUUGUUGUGAAAAGGGGAAUUAUGAAUCGGUCACAUUUGACAAAGGAGCACUAAGCGGGGGCAGAUCUAUGCACACAGUAGAGCUCAAUGGUGGUCUUGGAUGUAUCCAAAAAGUAAGACUUGAAAUGGAGGAUGAUGUAGAAGAUAAUAGCUGGUUCUGCAAGAUGGUGCAGCUGCAGCAUGUACAAAGUGGAGACAUUCUAGAAUUUCCAUUUCUGCAGACAUUUGGCAGUAAAGAAAAUAACUUUGUAGCUGAACUACCAGUUUUGAAACCUUCUGGACCUUUACUAACAGUAAAGACUUAUUACAUUUCUAUUAGUAUCAGUCAAGCUCCAAAACCAUUAACAGACAUAGAUUUGUUUAUUACAUUGUCUGGAACCAUGGGCAACACUGGAAGAAGAAAAGUCAAAUGCAAGCGGAAAGCAUUGUCUUCAAAGAUGGUUGGAUUUCAAUUGAAAACUGUUGACAUUGGUAUAAUACACAAGCUGCUCAUAGAAAAAGAGAAGCUAACUAAUUUACAGCUGGAGAAAGCCGUGGUGGAGGAAGGAUCAUUCAUCAAAAACAAAUACAUCUUUAUAGCCCAGCCGUGGAGGAAAGAAAAAACUAAAAUGAUGUUCAUGACUCUACAAGUGACAGAAACUAAGGAAGACAAUAGCUCUGACGCUUUUCUCAAUGAGGUUCAGUCUAUGACUUCAGACGGAGAAUGGAAUAUUUAUCUAUCUAUUUCCAAUGAAGAAAUCCAAAUUUCUGAAACUCUUCAACAUAAUCUACAGUGGAUCAUUCUGUUCUAUGGAGACAAAGGCAGGUCAAACCCACUCAGACUAGAAGAGCAACAUUUAGAACAGUGGAGAAAGGACAGACUGAUCUAUAAGGUAAAUCUUACACUUGAUCUAGGAGAGUUAUUUAAAGUGAGGCUGGGCAUCGAGAGCUGGCAUGGAGACCUGGGCCGCUUAUCCUUGUGCCACUUAAAAAUGCAGAAUACGAGAACCUUGGAUACAUUUAACCAGUCAAUAAAUAAAACACUUCCUCUUUCAUUAAGUGGAGACAGAUGGAUUGAAAUCCCGGUAGAAUGGCCUCUUAGAGCCUUCCUCUCUGCUGUUACAUAUUCUAUAACCAUUGUGGCCACUGAAUUGCCAGAGCAAAAAGAUCAAUUACAUUUUGGUAUUUGUUUACAUGGGAAACAUGGAGACACAGGACAUAGAUAUAUAAAUUGGCAUUAUAUGACCAAUGAGAAUGACGAUGAGUCAUUUACAGCUAUAUUAGAUGCGGUUGAACUUGGGGAAGUACAUCAGGCUGACAUUUCAGUGAGCAGCAGCAAUGAUUGCCAGCUAUAUAUAAAAAGGAUUCAUGUGAAGGAUUCUUCAAAGAAGGAGCUCUACGUAUUUAUUGUGGACGAGAGCUUUUCACUUGAGAGCAAAAUGCCAGAGACAAGGAAAGAAGUUGUAAUUUCACAAGUUGUCCAUGACCAUCAAGAGGAAACUGAUGAUGGAUUAUUAUUAUUAACCCCCAAUGAUAAAGGAAAUGUGGAAGAAGAUGAAGGGGAAUACAAUAUUAUGGUACACACAGGUGAUAUAAAAGAAGCAGGCACCAAAGCCAAUGUGUAUAUCAUUUUAUUUUAUGAGAAUGGAAAUUCAUCUGGGCCUGUCCAGCUAAAAACACCACUGGAAGACAUCAGACCCUUUCAAAAUGGAAAGGUUGAUACAUUUAUAGUCACAACAAAGAAUAAAGGAAAGAUCUCACAUAUUGAAAUAGGCCACGAUGGAAAAGGAUUGGGUAAUGGUUGGUUCCUGGAAAAGGUGGAGAUUGUUAGAGAAUCUGCGGAAGAAACACUGCUGUUCCCCUGCAACAGGUGGCUUGCGGAAGAUGAAGACGAUGGACGCACAGCCAUACAGCUCUACCUAUAAUUUGGAUUUAAAAAGACUCUAUCAAUAUCCACACAGUAAUCUCCUUCUCAUUAUACAUAAUGUGGACUGAAGGCUGUGGGUUAGAAGUAUAUUUAGUACCUAACCCGGCAAUCUCAAUCUAUCUAUCCUUUGUAUAUUUCACUUUUAAUCAAAUGUGCUUAAAUCUUGUAAUAAAUCAUGAUAUAUUAGCUGGCUGCCUCCA